AUGCAGGACUACAACACAUUAGGGGUCACGAGUAUGGAAGACCGUCGAAAACUUUUUCAGCUUAUCCAGACCAUCAAAGCCCAAUAUGUUGACAACCCGGAACCUUCUCCUCCUAUGGCUACCGCCUCUAUCCCGCAUUCGUCUGCCGCUCCACCUCUUACUAAUGACUCGGAUGACAUCUCCCGCGGAUACGGCGCUCAAGCAUUGAGUGAGAUGUCCAAGAGGUCCUCGGAUGCUCGCCUAUCCAUGUCGAUGGGUCGUCGAUCGGGAGCCAAUAUGGUAAACAGCCUGAGCCAUUCCAAGAGCCUCUCGACUUCAAUGGCAUCAUCGUACCAGCUCCAGGAACAGGAACGCCUUCAACAACAACAGCAACAACAGUUUCAGCAGCAACAACAGUUUCAGCAACAGCAACAACAGCAACGCCAGGCGCAAGAAUACGAUUAUGAGAUGCAACAACAACAGCAGCAGUACCAGCAAUAUCAACAACAACAACAGCUUUUGCAACAGCAACAGUAUAGGCAGCAGCAGCGUGAACUAAUGCUUCAACAGCAACAGCAACAGCAGCAACAACAACAACAACAUAUGAUGCAGAUGGAGCAACCGCGUCAGUAUGCCGACGGCAGGGGCUUCAAGGUGGCAUCAGAUGACGAGGAGGAUCCUAUCCCUAUUCAGGAGGCGCAACGUGGAAUGAACGCUUACAGUGUUCCAUCAGGCGGACGGGGGACUCUUGGCCGGAACAGCUCUUACACGGUCAACGACAUGAUGGCCAAGAUCCGUGUCUGUGUCCGAAAGAGGCCGCUCAGCAGCAAGGAGAUCCAUCGUGGCGAAAAGGACAUGGCCAGUGUUUCUGGUCGUCAACUGGCCGUAGACGAACCGAAAGUACGAUUGGAUAUGACAAAGUUCAUUGAACGACACAAGUUUGUUUUCGACGAGGUCUUUGAUUCUGAUUCCACCAACGAGGAUGUCUAUAGACGGACGGCUUAUCCUUUGGUUCAAUACCUCUUCGAAGGAGGAAAGGCUACCUGCUUUGCCUACGGUCAGACGGGAAGUGGAAAGACCUAUACUAUGUUGGAUGACAGUCAAGGACUUUACGUACUGGCGGCACGGGAUAUUUUCGUCAAGCUUCGAAGCCCAGAAAACUCGCACCUGUCGAUCUUUAUGGGCUUCUACGAGAUUUACCAGGGCCAGCUGCACGAUCUGUUGAACGAGCGCAAGAAGCUGCAUGCACGUGAGGAUGGCAAGAACGGCGUUGUUGUCGCUGGACUGAAGGAGUUUGAGAUUGUGAAUGUCGAAGGAUUGAUGCAGGUCUUUGCCUACGGCAACAAUGCUCGCAGUACAGGAAGCACUCGUGCGAAUGCAGACUCUUCUCGGUCGCAUGCCAUCAUGCAAAUUGUGCUGAAGGACAGGGCUUCCAAGACUGCGAUAGGAAAGCUGAGCUUUAUCGACCUUGCCGGAAGCGAGCGUGGCGCCGACCGUGGAGAGACCGAUGUCAAAACAAGAAUGGAGGGUGCAGAGAUUAACAAGAGUUUGUUGGCGUUGAAGGAGUGUAUUCGUGCGCUGGAUCAGGACAAGAAGCACACUCCGUUCCGUCAGAGCAAGUUGACUCAGGUCUUGAAGGACUCGUUUGUGGGUAAUUCAAGGACUUGUAUGAUCGCCACGAUCUCGCCCAAUAACUCGAACAGCGAGCAUACCCUCAAUACCCUUCGCUAUGCCGAUCGUGUGAAGGAGCUGAAGGCGGAAGGAGGAGCAAAGGGCACGGCGCCGUCAGAUACCGAAAACUACAUGGACGACACCGAGGGCGAACUGGGCGGGACCACAAGCGCCUACGACGACGACGACUUUAUCUCCUCGACCAGCGACAACAUUGCCGACGAGACUAUCGACCUCCUCGACGACGAAGAGUUCCCCCAUGCCCUAGACCAAGAAGAAAUGGACCCACAUCCCUUGGCUACCUCGACCUAUGACCAUGAACUAGAGGAGCCUCCUAGCCCGGGACAUAUCUUGCGGGGCGGGUUUGACGAUGGGGAGGAGAUUAAUUCGAGGAGGAUGUCGUAUCAGCAGCAGCAAGCUCAGGCGCAGAGGCAGCUGUUGCAACAACAGCAGUUGCAGCAUCAGCAAAAUCAGCUCCAGCUGCAGCUGCAGCAGCAGAAGUUGGAUGCGGAGAAGUACAGGGAGCCACCGGUGCCUUCUUCGAGUGCGUCGCCGAGGCUGAAGCAGUCGACCGCGUCGUUGAAGGGGUCCAAGCCGGAGGCGUUUAGUCGACUCCCCAUGCCCCGUGGUAACUCUGCUCAACAGUCGCAGCCGCGUACGGCUUCGCCGACUAGCAACAGUCCUACUGCGACAUCCAUCCCUCCUUCCCAGCGCCAAUCUUUGAGCAACUCGAAUAAUCGGAGAAAUUCGUCCAACCCAUCGCCGCCCUUGAGCUCCCGGUCUGGACGUGAUUCCCGCACCAGCCCUGACGGCUCGUCCUCCAACGAGACUGCCUCCACCACCACCAACACUCCUACCACCACUCCAGCAACCGCUAAUGGUAUCCACAAGUCCGUCAGCCGCCACUCACCCUCAAACCUGAAGCGUCCCUCAGUGACGACCCUCCGACAAAGCGGCGGAAUCCGCUCAAGCACCAGUAGCAGUGCACCCACCUCAGCCCUCUCAGCUGGCCCCACCAGCGCAAUCCCCGACUCUCAUUUCGGUCUCAACUCUCCAACGUCCCCCAAGAUCUCCACACCAACCUCCGCCACCGCCACCGCCACCACAACCCCAACAACAGCAACAACUACAACCGGAGGCGGCUCUCCCUCCCUCGCCUCUUCAUCCUCCUCCCUAUCCUCCUCCACAACAACACCAUGGACAUUCUCAAUCCCCGAGAUGCAAUCCUUUGUCCGCGAACACCGCGCAGAGCUCCAAGAAUGCAGCGAAUUGACAAAACGCGAGACAAAACUCUUGAAGGACGUCAUGGUCGGCAUGUCCUCCCCAGCGAUGGCCCAGACGACGGGCUAUGGCGGCGAUCAGGAGUCGUUCCAGAGAUACCUGGAUGAACUGGACGAGAUUGUCGACGAGAAGUUGAUUACUAUUGUUGCCAUGUCCCAGAAACUCAAGACCCUUCGAUCACAGAUGUUGUAG